AUGUUUCUAAGUCAGUCGGCUUACGCCAAAGAAAUCUUGCAACGUGCUGGAAUGCAAGAUUGUAAACCAAUAACCACACCCGUCGACAUAAAGUCCAAGCUUUCUCAAGAAGGAGGCGACAAGAUAACUGACUCAACUCUAUACCGCAGUCUUGCUGGUGCCCUGCAGUAUUUCACACUGACUAGACCUGAUAUCCAGUAUGCUGUCCACCAGCUCUGUUUGUUCAUGCAAGAUCCGCGGGUCACUCAUCUCACUGCACUCAAGCGAGUCUUACGGUAUCUUCAGGGAACUCUGUCACACGGCUUACAACUACAUAAAUCAAGCUCAAACGUCCUCACAGCCUACACUGGGCAGGAUGCCCAGACACAAGACGAUCGACAUCAGGCUACUGCAUCUACAUCGGAGACAACCUCAUAUUCUGGUCCUCCAAGCGCCAGCCUACAGUCUCGAGAUCAAGUUCAGAAGCAGAAUACAAGGGCAUAG